UAACGACGUCACACGUCAGGUUCAUCCCAGCUGGCCAUUGUUAUUUGUGUGCAUUAAGCAGUCAAAUUAGUUAACUAAAUUGAACGCCAGCAAACACAAUCGACCCUUAUUUCCAAAAUGAGUGAGCUCAGCGCAGAGGAGAUGCGUCGACGAAGGCUGCAGCGCCUAGCUCCUCUGAACACUGCUGGUGAGAACCAAGGUGUGGAGAGAACGCCUUCGCCCAGCGCCUUGAGCCCAUCCAUUGCUGAAUUCUCAGCUCCAAAGCCUGUUGUCAAGCCAGAUGUAGAGAAGAUGGACGUUGAUGAAAUAACGAUUCCGUCCAGAGGAAUAAGCAUUGAUUCAGAGAAGAGUCAGGGAUUGCAAGCAGAGGUUGACUCUGGCUUUGAAAAUAUGGAAGUCGACGACUCCGAAAUAAAAUUUUCAAGGAAAAGGACUACGAGUUCUUCCUCAGGGAAACAGAUCAUGGACGAUGACAACCUGGUAUUGAGUGUCUGCAAGAAGGUCUUCCGAUCUGAGAGUGAAAACUAUGCCGGCAGCUUGAGCAUGGCAGACAUGAUCAAUCAGUGUGUGAUCAAUGGGAUGCUGGAGGCCUCAGUUUCAGACGAGAGCGUUGUUUUCGCUAGUGACUCUGAUGAAACGCCUUCUCUGGUUCUCGAAAGUCCUUCAACAUCUUCGCCAGUAGAAGAAAGUCCCGAAAAGAAAGUUUCUAACAUGUCCACUCGCAUGUUGCGAUACCUUCUUGAGUGUUAUACCAGGGUAGAUUAUGAAGAGAGGACACAACCAAAGAGAUUUAGCUCUCCCUCGACGAGUGGAUUAUUAGUUGAAUUGAGGGCUCAAAUUGUGCAGCAUGCCACUCUUGUACUCACAGGACAGUUUGAGAUUGAGGAUGCAUCUGCCUCAACCUGUUCGUCCUUGCUACUUGAGAGAAUAAUUGCCCAAAAUUUGCCUCGUGGCUUUCUUCAGGAUCUGGUUUUUCAACUAAAUUCUUCCGACAGCAAGAUGUUGGACGAGACGUUGAGUCCGGUUUUGCAAGGUUUGUACAGAAUGAUGCAAAACGCGUCUCUGGUUGGAAAGAAUUACUUGCAGCCAGUGGCAGCUCUAUUAGAACUGGUGGAAAUGCGGAACAUAGACGGUGCCCGACCAAUUUGUGGACUUCUGAGUCAACAAGUCCAGUUUUCUCCUGAAUGCAUCACUCCUGCUGUCGGCCGAGAAAUUUCGCGCACUUCCUACCUGGGACCUUUUCUAUCUAUAUCAGUAUUCGAGGAGGACGAUCCAAAAACUGCAGACAAAUAUUUUUCCAGCAGUCGCUCUGCAGAUAAAAGUUUGAUCAAAUCACUUCAACAAGAAGUUGAGAAUUUGAGAUCUCAAGUCCACAAAAUUGUGCAUGACCUCCUCUUAAAUUCGUCAACCAGAGAGAUUACCCUGAACUAUUUGGCAAGAGUCCUGAAGCAGAAUGAGAAAAAGGCGCAAAUUCACGGAGAAGAACGUCUCACAGCAGGUGACGGAUUCAUGCUCAACCUCCUUGCUGUGAUGCAGCUGUUGUCCAUCAAGAUAAAAAUUGACAAGGUUGACGAAAUGUAUCCAUUCCACCCAAACAGCCUUGUUGAUGUGACAAAUGAAACAAGACUGAAGUUUGACUCACAAGAAGCAACUAAGUGGCUGGAUGACCUGAAAAACUCCAAGGACCACAGUUGGCAAGAACCAAAUUUCAGCACUAGCUGCUGGUUUUUGACUCUUCAUUGCCAUCACUUAUCACUCUUGCCUGCAUUCAACAAGCACAAACACAGACUGAGGGCCUUAAGAGAACUGUCAAAAUUGGUUGACGAGAUAAGUGCAACUGAACCUCAGUGGAAAGGAACUCCAUUUGAACACAGACACAGAGAAAUGCUAAAGAAAUACAGACACCAGAUUAAGAAACUUAGCAAGAGAAAGGCGUGCUCCGAGGCUGGCUUAAUGGACGAUGUGCUCUUGAGGAGAGCGAUGUCUUUCUACAUAACAGUUGCUGAAUUUCUCAUGUCAAUCAUUUUGCCUCCUGAUGCUUCGUGGAAGUGCAAGUCCUCCUUGACCCUACCUACUGAAGCACCAAGCAAAUUCUAUGCCUUUCCAGAGUGGUAUGUCGAGGACAUUGCAGACUUUAUUCUAUUUGGCCUGCAAUUUUGCCCUGGUGUGAUUGUCGAAGGCGUCAACGACAGCCUCAUCUCGUGGCUCUUGCUAAUGAUCUGCUGCCCACAUCUCGCCCGUAGUCCAUAUCUAGUUGCCAAACUAAUUGAGGUGCUGUUUGUCAUAUCCUCUGGUUCCCAAUCCAACCGUGAUCCACUUCAUGUCAACCUCAUGGAGCACCCGUUAUACGAAAUAUACCUGCCAUCCUGCCUCAUGAAAUUCUACACAGACGUCGAAUCAACUGGAGCCAACUCCGAGUUCUACGACAAAUUUACCAUCAGGUACCACAUCAGUUUGAUUCUGAAGGACAUGUGGGAAAGCCCAACCCAUCGUUUGGCCAUCAUCAAAGAAUCGGGCUCUGGAAAGCAGUUUGUAAAAUUUGUCAACAUGCUGAUGAACGAUACGACAUUCCUCCUGGACGAGAGCUUGGAGUCAUUGAAGAGGAUCCAUGAAGUUCAAGAGGCCAUGGGCAACACAGAAACUUGGCAGCAACAGCCUCCAGACCUGCAACAGUCGAGGCAACGGCAGCUAGCCCAGGAUGAGCGUCAGUGCCGUUCAUACCUCACCUUGGCCAGGGAGACUGUCGAUAUGUUCCAUUAUCUCACCAUGGAAAUCAAGGAGCCUUUCAUGAGACCUGAGCUUGUUGACCGUCUUGCUGCCAUGCUGAAUUUCAACCUGCAGCAGUUGUGUGGACCAAAGUGCAAAAACCUGAAGGUCAAAAACCCUGACAAGUAUGGAUGGGAGCCCAGACGGCUUCUCAGCCAGCUGGUUGACAUUUAUCUUCACCUGGAUUGUCUCGAAUUUGCUGCUGCUCUUGCUGGAGACGAGCGUUCCUUUAAGCAAGAGCUCUUUGAUGAUGCAACAGCCAGACUAGAGAAGGCUUUGAUCAAAACAAUGCCCGAGAUUGAACUGUUCAAAGAUCUUGCUCGGCGGGCUAACGAAAUCGCUAUUCAAAACAUCAAAAGAGAGGUAGACUAUAGUGAUGCUCCUGAAGAAUUCAGAGAUCCACUAAUGGACACAUUGAUGGAAGAUCCAGUAAUACUGCCAAGUGGCAAAGUGAUGGACCGUCCCGUGAUCAUUCGUCACUUGCUCAACUCUUCUACUGACCCUUUCAACAGGCAACCAUUAUCAGAGGACAUGCUGCAGCCUGCUACCGAGUUACAACAGCGAAUUAAUGAGUGGAUGCAGGAAAAGCAAAGAAACAAGCCUGACAGUACUUGAGCUAACCAAAUAUCGUAAGCCAGUGGGACCAGGAGUUGAUCCAAUACCAAGCUGUGCAUCAAUAGACUGUGAAUGGUCCUGAGCCUAGAAAUCAAGUGCUUCUGACUGCACAACUAUUUUUAACAAAGCCAAUAUUCUAGGCUUCUAUAAGUUUGUUUGCUGAUAUCAAAUUUGUAAUAUUUUAACACUUGGUUAUAAUUUCAUCAAUCCGUUAAAUUGCUCCGCAGACAGUCCAGACUUUUCAAACCUGCAGUAAAAUUUAUGCCCAUAACUUUCCUCUCCUCUGGAUAUUGUGUUGUAAAGAUCUCAGUCAAAUCUAUUGUAUGUACAUCCUUGGUCGAAGAUGGUCAAGUGUGAUAAUUUGUAAAAAGAACGACAUUUGGUUGACUUAAUAACUAUACGUAUAUUCAAAGAUUUUCAGAUUAAAAUUGUGUCUUGUCUUCAAACUACAAAAAGCUUA